CUGGAGACAAUGAUCGCGGAGUUUGCUCACUUCUUUCUCUUUGGAUUAAUAUGUCUCUCGUCAGGUUCGCGUCUUCGCCAAGAGGAUUUCCCACCACGAAUUGUUGAACAUCCUUCGGAUCUAAUUGUAUCUAAAGGUGAACCAGCAACUUUGAACUGUAAGGCUGAGGGCAGGCCAACACCAACUAUUGAAUGGUAUAAAGGAGGAGAAAGGGUUGAAACUGACAAAGAUGAUCCUCGCUCUCAUCGGAUGUUGCUGCCAAGUGGAUCUUUAUUUUUCUUACGCAUAGUUCAUGGCCGCAAGAGUAGGCCUGAUGAAGGAGUCUAUGUCUGUGUAGCAAGGAAUUAUCUUGGUGAAGCUGUGAGCCAUAAUGCAUCCCUGGAAGUAGCAAUACUACGUGAUGACUUCAGACAAAACCCUUCAGAUGUCAUGGUAGCUGUAAGUGAGCCAGCUGUGAUGGAAUGCCAACCUCCAAGAGGCCAUCCUGAGCCUACAAUAUCAUGGAAAAAGGAUGGAUCUCCACUGGAUGACAAAGAUGAAAGAAUUACUAUCAGAGGAGGAAAACUGAUGAUCACCUAUACUAGGAAGAGUGAUGCUGGCAAAUAUGUGUGUGUUGGAACAAACAUGGUGGGAGAAAGGGAAAGUGAAGUGGCAGAGCUUACAGUUUUAGAAAGACCUUCAUUUGUGAAGAGGCCAAGUAAUUUGGCAGUAAUUGUGGAUGACAGUGCAGAGUUUAAGUGUGAAGCACGUGGUGAUCCAGUUCCUACAGUAAGAUGGCGAAAGGAUGACGGAGAACUACCUAAAACAAGAUAUGAAAUCCGCGAUGACCAUACCUUGAAAAUCCGAAAAGUUACAGCAGGAGACAUGGGAUCGUAUACAUGUGUUGCAGAAAAUAUGGUUGGAAAAGCAGAAGCAUCAGCAACCCUAACAGUUCAAGUUGUAUCUGAGCCACCACAUUUUGUGGUGAAACCUCGUGACCAGGUGGCUGCAUUAGGCAGAACAGUGACUUUCCAGUGUGAAGCAACAGGGAACCCUCAACCAGCAAUAUUUUGGCGAAGAGAAGGAAGUCAGAACCUGCUAUUUUCAUACCAGCCUCCUCAAUCUUCUAGCCGGUUUUCUGUCUCACAAACUGGUGAUCUCACUAUUACAAACGUACAGCGAUCUGAUGUUGGAUAUUAUAUCUGCCAGACUUUAAAUGUAGCAGGGAGUAUUACAACUAAAGCCUACUUGGAGGUUACUGAUGUAAUUGCAGACCGGCCUCCCCCUGUCAUUCGACAAGGUCCUGUGAAUCAAACUGUGGCUGUGGAUGGUACUUUAAUACUCAGCUGUGUAGCUGCAGGUACUUUAAUGCCCACCAUUCAUUGGAAAAAAGAUAGCACCCUCCUCUCCACACAAGACUCCCGGAUCAAGCAGCUGGAGACUGGCGCACUACAGAUUCGAUAUGCCAAGCUGGGUGACACUGGUCGGUAUACAUGUAUUGCCUCAACCCCAAGUGGUGAAGCAUCGUGGAGUGCUUACAUUGAAGUUCAAGAAUUUGGAGUGCCUGUGCAGCCACCAAGACCUACUGACCCUAACUUGAUUCCAAGUGCACCAUCAAAACCCGAGGUUACUGAUGUCAGCAGAAAUACAGUAACAUUGUCAUGGCAGCCUAAUUUGAAUUCAGGUGCAACUCCAACCUCUUAUAUAAUAGAGGCCUUCAGCCAUGCAGCUGGCAGUAGCUGGCAGACUGUAGCAGAAAACAUAAAACCAGAAACAUUUGCUGUUAAAGGGCUGAAACCAAAUGCAAUUUAUCUCUUCCUUGUACGGGCAGCCAAUGCAUAUGGAAUUAGUGAUCCCAGUCAGAUAUCUGACCCAGUGAAAACUCAAGAUGUUCCGCCUACAAGUCAGGGUGUAGAUCACAAGCAAGUACAGAGAGAACUGGGUGAUGUUGUUCUGCAUCUCCACAAUCCCACCAUCCUUUCUUCUUCCUCAAUUGAAGUUCAUUGGACAGUUGACCAACAGUCCCAGUAUAUACAAGGGUAUAAAAUUCUGUAUAGACCAACAACUGUUUCUCAUGGAGAAUCUGACUGGUUAAUUUUUGAUGUGAGAACCCCAACAAAAAACAGUGUUGUCAUUCCUGAACUGAAAAAAGGUGUAAACUAUGAAAUUAAGGCUCGACCUUUUUUUAAUGAAUUUCAAGGAGCCGAUAGUGAAGUGAAAUUUGCAAAAACACUGGAGGAAGCUCCAAGUGCUCCUCCUCAAAGUGUUUCAGUAAGCAAGAAUGAUGGAAAUGGCACUGCAGUUGUCAUAUCUUGGCAGCCUCCCCCAGAGGACACGCAGAAUGGAAUGGUCCAGGAAUACAAGGUCUGGUGCCUUGGCAAUGAAAGUCGGUACCACAUAAAUAAGACAGUGGAUGGUUCAACUUUUUCCUUAGUAAUUCCAUCUCUAGUUCCUGGUAUUCGAUAUAGCAUUGAAGUGGCAGCAAGUACUGGAGCUGGACCUGGAGUAAAGAGUGAACCACAGUUUAUUCAAUUAGAUUCUCAUGGGAACCCUGUGUCACCAGAAGAUCAAGUCAGUUUAGCCCAGCAGAUUUCAGAUGUUGUAAAACAGCCAGCUUUCAUUGCUGGAAUUGGUGCUGCCUGUUGGAUUAUCCUAAUGGUUUUCAGCAUUUGGUUGUACCGCCACCGAAAGAAGCGAAGUGGACUUGCUACUACUUAUGCUGGUAUUAGAAAAGUCCCGUCUUUUACCUUCACACCAACAGUAACAUAUCAAAGAGGAGGAGAAGCCGUUAGCAGUGGAGGAAGGCCAGGUCUUUUGAACAUCAAUGAACCUGCCCCUCAGCCAUGGCUUGCAGACACGUGGCCUAACACUGGGAACAAUCACAAUGACUGCUCUAUCAACUGCUGUACAUCAAGCAAUGGAAACAGUGAUAGCAACCUCACUACAUAUAGCCGACCAGCUGAUUGUAUAGCCAAUUACAACAAUCAGCUGGAGAACAAGCAGACAAACCUAAUGCUGCCUGAGUCAACAGUUUAUGGAGACGUGGAUCUAAGCAACAAAAUCAAUGAGAUGAAAACUUUCAAUAGCCCCAAUCUAAAAGAUGGAAGGUUUGUCAGCCAACCAGGGCAGCCUACACCUUAUGCCACCACACAACUCAUCCAGUCAAACAUCAGCAAUGUUAACAGCAACGUUAAUAGUGGCAGCGGCGAUUUGAAUGAAAAGCAUUGGAAGCCUUCUGGACCACAGAAGCAAGAGGUUGCACCAGUUCAGUACAACAUUAUGGAGCAAAACAAAUUAAACAAAGAUUAUCGAGUAAAUGAUAAUGCUCCAACUAUCCCAUACAACCAAUCAUAUGAUCAGAAUACAGGAGGAUCCUACAACAGUUCAGACAGAGGAAGCAGUACAUCUGGGAGUCAAGGGCACAAGAAGGGUGCUCGAACCCCCAAGGCUUCAAAGCAGGCUGGAAUGAAUUGGGCAGACCUACUUCCUCCUCCCCCUGUACAUCCACCUCCCCAUAGUAAUAGUGAAGAUUAUAGUAUUUCAGUGAAUGAAAGCUAUGACCAGGAGAUCCCAUGCCCGGUACCACCAGCAAGAAUGUAUCUACAGCAGGAUGAGCUGGAGGAGGAGGAAGAUGAACGAGGUCCCACACCACCAGUUCGAGGAGCAGCUUCAUCUCCAGCAGCAGUGUCCUAUAGCCAUCAGUCUACUGCCACGCUAACUCCUUCCCCCCAAGAAGAACUCCAGCCUAUGUUGCAGGAUUGCCCAGAAGAAAUAAGCCACUUGCAACACCCACCGGACCGGAGGCGUCAGCCCGUGAGUCCUCCUCCACCUCCAAGGCCUAUCUCUCCACCACAUACCUACGGUUAUAUUUCAGGACCUCUUGUAUCAGACAUGGAUACAGAUGCACCAGAGGAGGAAGAGGAUGAAGCAGAUCUAGAAGUUGCCAAGAUGCAAAAUAGAAGACUCCUUUUUCGUGGCCUUGAGCAGACACCUGCUUCAAGUGUAGGAGAUCUGGAGAGCUCUGUGACAGGUUCCAUGAUUAAUGGCUGGGGAUCAGCCUCAGAAGAUGACAACAUAUCUAGUGGACGGUCUAGUGUUAGCUCAUCUGAUGGAUCCUUUUUUACAGAUGCAGAUUUUGCACAGGCUGUUGCAGCAGCAGCAGAAUAUGCUGGUCUUAAAGUAGCAAGGCGUCAAAUGCAAGAUGCUGCAGGAGGCCGUAGACGUUAUCAUGCCUCACACUGCCCUAGACCCACUAGUCCUGUAUCUACUGACAGCAAUAUGAGUGCUGCUGUAAUACAGAAGGUUCGUCCUGCCAAAAAGCAAAAACACCAGCAAGGACAUCUGCGCAGAGAAGUCUACACAGAUGACCUGCCACCCCCUCCUGUACCACCUCCUGCUAUAAAAUCUCCCACUGCCCAGUCCAAAUCUCAAAUGGAGGUUCGGCCUGUCAUGUUGCCAAAGUUGUCUUCUAUAGAACCUAGAACAGAAAGGGCAGUGGAAAGAAAAGGAACAAGCUAUAAAGGGAAAGAAGGUUCUGAUGGUCGCCAGCAUUCUGAUAUGCGGACAAGUUCAGCGGAGCGCCGGGAAACACAGGAACAGCAAAAUGACAGCAAACUGCGAGGGAACAAAGCAGCAAGGCGAGAUGGCACACCAGCAAAAACACAUCUUCUUCAAGAGGAUAUUCUGCCAUAUUGUAGACCCACAUUUCCAACAUCAAACAACACUAGAGAUCCCAGUUCCUCAAGCUCUAUGUCAUCAAGAGGAUCAGGAGGUAGACAAAGAGUAGAACAAGCAAAUCUGUGUCGAAGGAAUGUUGCAGAAAUGCAGGUAUUUAGAACAUAUGAGAGAGGAGAGGAUGAAGAAGAAGAAGAAGAAGAAGAAGAAGAAUUACAGGUAAUAGUCUGACAAUAAAUCAUUGGAGUAUGAAAAAUCUGUUGUGAA